AUGCUCGGCAGUGCCCGGCAUAAGACGCGAUUCAUCGACGGCGGCAAGAAGAAAUUCCUUAGGCUUGCUGACGACGCGAGCGCGAGCGGGAUGUCGUACGAGUCGUCCAUGGCCGGGGGCGGGGGCGGGGAGCGGCGCCGGUCCGCCUUCCACAUCGGGUACGGCGGCGUGGUGGGCGCGUCCCGGCGGCGGCUGGCGCAGCCGGAGCUCCUGGCGCGCGACGUGAUCACGCAUGGCUCGGCGCAGCUGCGCACGCUGGGCCGGUCGAUCCGCACGGGCGCGGCCAUGGCGGCCGUGUUCCAGGAGGACCUCAAGAACACGUCGCAAAAGAUCUUCGACCCGCAGGACCGCAUCUUGGUACGCCUCAACCGCAGCUUCCUCAUCUCCUGCAUCAUCUCCAUCGCCAUCGACCCCAUGUUCUUCUACGGGCCCCGGGUGAGGGAGGAGCAGCUCCCCGGGGAGAAGAACACGAACCUGUGCAUCGGCAUCGACCACAGCCUCGCCAUCUCCACCGCCGUGAUCCGCACCCUGUUCGACAUCUUCUUCCUGGCGCGCAUCGCGCUGCAGUUCCGCACCGCCUUCAUCGCGCCCUCCUCCAGGGUGUUCGGGCGCGGCGAGCUGGUGAUCGACACCGUGGAGAUCGCCAAGCGCUACUGCCGCCGCUUCUUCAUCGCCGACGUCUUCUCCGUGCUCCCGCUGCCGCAGAUCGUCAUCUGGAAGUUCCUGUACCGGGAGGACAAGACGGCGGUGCUGGAGACCAAGGACAGGCUGCUGUCCAUCAUCAUCGCGCAGUACGUGCCGCGGCUGGUCCGGAUAUACCCGCUGUCCACGGAGCUCAAGCGCACCAGCGGCGUGUUCGCCGAGACGGCCCUCGCCGGCGCCGCCUACUACCUGCUGUGGUACAUGCUGGCCAGCCACAUCGUGGGCGCCUUCUGGUACCUGCUGUCCAUCGAGCGGGUGACGGACUGCUGGCGCUUCUCGUGCAACGAGUUCCCAGGGUGCAACCAGAUCUACAUGUACUGCGGCAAGACGGAGAGCAACGAGGAGUACACGGAGUGGACCACCGUGAUCAGGCAGGUCAUCACCGAGAACUGCCAGCCCACCGACGACGGCGAGAUGCCCUUCGACUACGGCAUGUACUCGUCGGCCGUCACGUCGGCCGUGACCACCUCCAAAGACAUGACCACCAAGCUCCUCUUCUGCCUCUGGUGGGGCCUCGCCAACUUGAGUACGCUGGGCCAAGGGCUCAAGACAACCAUCUACACCGGGGAGUCGCUCUUCGCCAUUACGCUCGCCACCUUCGGCCUCAUCCUAAUGGCCAUGCUCAUCGGAAACAUUCAGACGUAUCUGCAAUCGCUGACCGUGCGGCUGGAGGAGAUGCGGGUGAAGCGGCGCGACUCGGAGCAGUGGAUGCACCACCGGCUGCUGCCGAUGGAGCUGCGCGACCGCGUCCGGCGCUACGACCAGUACAAGUGGAUCAACACCCGCGGCGUGGACGAGGAGGCCCUGGUCCAGAACCUCCCCAAGGACCUCCGCCGCGACAUCAAGCGCCACCUCUGCCUGGGCCUCGUCCGGAGGGUGCCGCUGUUCGCCAACAUGGACGAGCGCCUCCUGGACGCCAUCUGCGAGCGCCUCAAGCCGGCGCUCUACACGGAGCAGACCUACAUCAUCCGGGAGGGGGACCCCGUGGACCAGAUGCUCUUCAUCAUCCGCGGCAGCCUCGAGAGCAUCACCACGGACGGCGGCCGGAGCGGCUUCUUCAACCGCAGCAUGCUCCAGGAGAGCGACUUCUGCGGCGAGGAGCUGCUCACCUGGGCGCUGGACCCCAAGUCCGGGGUCAGCCUGCCCUCCUCCACGCGCACCGUCAUGGCGCUCUCCGAGGUCGAGUCCUUCGCGCUGCACGCCGAGGAGCUCAAGUUCGUGGCGGGCCAGUUCCGGCGCAUGCACAGCAAGCAGGUGCAGCACACCUUCCGCUUCUACUCGCAGCAGUGGCGCACCUGGGCCGCCACCUACGUCCAGGCCGCCUGGCGCCGGCACCUCAAGCGGAAGGCGGCCGAGCAGCGGCGCAGGGAGGAGGAGGAGGAAGGCCGGUCGUCGAGCUUCAAAACCACCAUACUCGUGUCACGGUUCGCGGCCAACGCGCUGCGCGGCGUGCACAGGCAGCGGUCCACCAAGCGGGAUCAAGGGGAUAUCAUGAUCCAUGUCCCCGUGCCCAAGCCGCGUGAGCCGGACUUCGGCGCUGAUGAUUGA